AUGUUCUUGCCGCAUAAUAAGAAACACCGACCUAGAGACCCAAAGCUAUUAAAACUGAUUCAAGAUAGAGAGGCAGUUGUACACAAACUAGAGAGUCUCGAGCAUUCUCGCGUAACAGUGUGUUCAAACUCCAAUGAAAUUUUGAUGCAAGAUCUAGACCAUGAUUCUCCAGAAAUAUCCAAUAAUUCUCUCGAAUCUAAAGUUUCAAUCAUUAACCUCGAAUCAGCACCAGAGGCUUCAAAACACUCUGCAUCAACCAUCACGACCAAGUCCGUUCAAGAUAUCAAAAAAAUAGACUUGGACAAAGCUAAUAUCAGCGACAAUACAAGUAGUGAUCAGAUUGUAAACAACAAAUUAUCAUCACCUACAGCACCAGUUAUAACAGCCAAGUAUGAUACAGUUUUGAAAAUGCAAGGGAACGAUUCUUUGUCAGAUAUUCGACAAUUUCGUGCCGAGUAUCUAAAGUCUGGAGGAUAUGAUGGUCGAGUUUUAGCGGACCGAAGUGAAAUGGAAAAAAAUGCAUUCAACUUUGAUCAGCUGAAGAACCAUUAUGCGUAUAAUGAUAGAAUGAAUUCCAGAUUUAAUGGGGGGAUAGUCGACAGCACAAUACCUCAAAACUCUGAUGAGUUGCUGUUUUUAGAAAAUCAACCAAACAAGUAUGGUUUUAAUGAAACUACAUUUAAAAAAAAUCGGAGUUUCAGUCCUGAAGAUAUAGAGCUGGAAAGCCUAAAAAGACAGCACAGGCUUCGCGUUACAAAGCUUACACAACAGCAAGAGCUUUUACGGCUACAAAAUGACCUUCGAAAUCUCAAAAGAGAUAUUGGGGAUAUAGAUGAUUUAGAUAUUGCUUAUGAAACACCAAAAGAAACUGCAGUGGAUUAUAAAGGCAAAACUAUUGCUCAAAAUGAACAACCCCAUUUUUGCGCAAAUAAACUAAAUACAAUUUCCAAUUCCAGUAUUGGGCCAGUACCGGCGGAUCUCCCACAAAGCAUUUUUUAUGAGCCAGUUCGUGGGUUCAAUAUACUAUGGGAUUUCAUGAUACUGGAUGAUAGUUUUGGCAAUUGGACUCAUGCACAAAUAACGUUUAGCGUUUUUGAAGGUGAAAGAGCCAUACGGCCAGUUGAAAUUAUCCCGUUCCGACCAUGUCUGCCGCUUUAUCCUACAGAAAAUGGUUUAAAAACAAGAUGGUGUGCACCUUUGAAAUUAGAAACUCAUGUUCAUGGCAUUGAGCCGGUUCCAUUUAUGAGGCUUGUUGUCGAAGUUCGUGUCAAGAACCAGGCUGAUCCUUCAGAGUGUUCUCGCAUGAAUCCAGUGUGCAUUGGCUGGACAUCAUUUUCCAUAUUUUCAGACAGAAUGCUAUUAGAUUCGGGCCGAUGGAAAUUGCCAUUAUUUCCACCACCUAUUGACUUCAACAUGACAAAUGAGCAUUUGCAUCACGUUAAACAGCCUCUUUCAGAAACUGCAAUUUUCAUACGUGUCUGCGAUAAUGCACACCUUUUAUUAUUUUCAAAAGAAGUGGCUAUCCCCUCAUUUGAAAAAUAUUACAAAACAAAAACAUACUCUCCAGCAUCUCAAACACAUUACAAAAAGUCGACCAAGUUUUACGCAGAAUCUGUAAACGCUGAUCAAGAUUGCGACAUCAAGCCAACCGCUCUGGGUGUUACAAAGAGCAUUCGCGAACUUCUUUGCCAUUAUUUACAAGUAGUUCCAUAUGACUCUUUGGCUAUAAAUCAAACUUUAGAAACACAAGGACCAAUUGUUCAGGAUGACCAAAAUCUAAUAAAAGAUAUCAAUCAACAACUUGCAGUUGCUCCCUUGUUUGAUCUUGGAAUUCAGAUUGAAGAGCUAUUUCUGGAUGGCAUGCCCGAUAUUGUUUCAGUUGCAAUUAAAAUGCAUAUUGUCGAUUCAUAUCAUCAGCCUCAAACGCAUAUUGGGUUUCAGUCACAGCUAGCAGAGCGUAGUGCCGAAAGCAAUAGAACGUUUGUAUGGCAGCACGGUUUGCAUCACGAGUUUAAAAAUGUAGCAGCUAUCUCUGAGCGUGUUGCUAUUUUUGAAGUCAUCCAAGAGAAUGAAGCGACAUUUGCAUACACCGAAUUGAAACUUUUCAAGUUUCAAAAAAACAAGGUAUUUGGCAUCAACGACGGGCUACAUGUACUCGAACUGAGAUUUGUAAAAAAGCCAGAUACCAAUUUAUGCAAGUCGUCGGUGAAUAACAAUGGCGAGCUCAAAAACCAAAUUCUAGUCGGGAUAUAUAAUCCUAAGCAUGGAACUCCACCUCACAAAAAGUGUGUAUCAAUGAUCAGCAAAUCAUCUAUUCCUUGCGAUUCCUGGAUCAGCGUGCCAUGGAAACCAGAUCAACCGUAUAAUAGAGAAAUGUUUACUAUUGUUAUUGAUGGAGCUCGAUUUUUACCUCCAAAUACCACUGCAACACAAGUGUUUGCCAAAAUAUACAAUUCAAAAUUUCAGCCAAUCAAGCGUUGUACAGAAAUGAUCACACCAAUUCAUUUAGACUCUCCCGCAUGUUUUCCAAUAUAUGAUUUUUCUCAAUGUUUUGAAGGGUCAAACUACGAUCCCACAGCAAUGAUUGUAUUUCAAAUUAUGACUGUAGACUCAUCAACACGCCGAAAACGGUUGGUUGGAACUGCUGCUUUGAAUCUUUUUGUGGAUAUAAGCACAGGUGAGCAGCCAGAGUCUCGAUCGACAACAGACACAGUUCUUAUGAAUCAUGGUGCAUUUCAAAUACCUUUAUAUGCCACUGCUUUAUUACAUAAUACUCGACUCAUUAUGUCUAAAAUUCAAAAGCUCAAUAGAGUUCCUUGCGCGUCGCUGCUCAUCAGAAUUCUAUUUUGGAAAGACAAUCAGAUCAAGCUCAUCAAAAUAACCAUUUUAAUCUUAGAACCUCAAAUCAAGCCACUCAUGUACAAUCAAAAACAAUACUUUUCCGAUCCGUUUUGUAAGCCAACCACCUACGAAGAAAUGCAAUUUGAAGCAGUCACUAAUGAAUCUCGCUCAUUCACUAUUCGUGAUCGAUUACUUUCCCUCCCAAGCAUAUCAAAGGUAGCCAAACAGGGUGAUGAUGCAUUAAAUCUAUGGGUAACCCAAUUUCUUGCCAUUGAUCAAAGCUAUGAACAAAUACCUAUGAGCUAUGAUUAUAUCUGCCAGUAUGACCCAUCGUAUGGGUUUCAGAUUAGUAUUGAUGGAGCAUUUAAUUUGGGUGUCAAAGGAUAUACCUGCUGCGUUGUUUCUCUCUGUCCACCAGCCAACUAUUACCACACUGAAAGUUGUGAUGAAAAUACAUCAAGUGAUUGUAUCGAUGCGGCCGAUUCCAAAUUUUACGACAAUAUUGUUUUUAUAAAAGAAUUGGAUAUGUCUAGUUUUGCUCGGCAGCCUAUAUGGAAGGACGGGUUUCACUGGUAUCGCGGCCGUACUGCAUCGCAAAUGUAUGCCAUCAUUCACUUGUUCAGCGUAUCUCUACAAAACAAAUCAUGGACUCGUCAAAGUCAAGGAUGGGCUGUUUUGCCUAUAUUCCAAAAAACAGUUAUAUCCAUGGGCUGCUUUCAACUUCCUCUUUUUGAACACAAUCCACCUCGCUCAUUUUUGAACGCUUUAACCAAAAGCAAAGAUUUGGCUAAUCUGCUGAAACUUUCACAAGAUCAAAAAGAUAUCCGACUUACUAGCAAGGCGUCAAGUGUUGUUGUAAGAUUGUGCGACUCGCGUAGAUCUGACGAAUUGCAGCUUGAUUUGAAACAUGCAAAACCCGACUUUCUAGGGGAAAAUCCAGAAAAGUUUUUACCUUCUGGUACAUCGCCCAUGAUAUCAAAAUUGAUUCCAAAAAAUGUAUCUGAACUUGAGUUUGUAAAAGCUAUGCGGACAGCAUUGGCAGAAGGCGAAGCAAAGCAAUUCAAAUCAGGAUGGCACUAG